CACAGCACAGGUAAACUCGGCGGACGGACGACAGUCGGACUUGAUAGAAUCGGUGCGAAAAUUUAUAAACCCUCGGCAGCACUCGAUCGGUGAUCUUAUUACUCGCCGAGAGUUCACCCAGAACGGUCGGACAGAAACCCGCGGCGCGGCGCGAUCGCUAUCCAACAUUCGGACGACUCGUACUCACGGGCGCGUGCUCCCUGAACUUCGAGCAACAAAAAUCGGAAAGCAACGGCAAUUAGCUAACUAUUUGGCGAAUUGUUUGAUGCAUCGUUUUUGCCGGUGAGAAAUUGCUUGUAAGCAAAUCGUCAUUGCCAGUAGGAAAUUCGCUUUUGUUGGUUGAAAGUGUUGAUUAGGAAGAACUGACCUGUAGUGCUUUGGGAAGUUCUAGGGAAGGUUACGAAGAUUGCACGAGCUAUGAUACGGACGUUGAACACUUUGUAAGUGAUAGGAAUCGACAGCAGUGAAAAGUGGCGACGGCACGUGAAAUUAUUUGAGUCUGGCCGCGUGCCUAAUGAGAAAAAGCCAAACGAUCCUAGUGAAUGGCCUUCCGCGAAAAACAGCCAUUAUUUCCACGGGUGAUUAGAGUGUUGUGUUACGCGAGUAGAAAAUCAGUGUUAUCAACUGCGACAACAUUGUUCAACAAUCCAACCGACGAGAUCUGUUCAGAACGAUUCGCACAGCGCAGUCAUGGCGGGGGUAGUUAAUCGAUCGUUCGUCGGUGACGACGGUCAAGUGCCGGAUAAUAAGACCACCAAUGGUGCGACACCUGUGGCGGCCGAUACCACCGUAGACACGACCAGUACCGGAUCCGGUGAAAGGGAAAAAUGGGACAAUGGAGUGGAGUUCCUGCUGUCCUGCAUCGCCAUGUCGGUCGGUCUCGGCAAUGUGUGGAAGUUCCCGUCGACGGCCUUUCGCAACGGUGGUGGGGCUUUUGUAAUUCCCUACAUGAUCGUGCUGCUGCUCGUGGGAAGGCCGGUCUAUUACCUGGAAAUGGUGAUGGGCCAGUUCUCCAGCCGGGGCAGCGUCAAGGUAUACGAUGUGUCGCCGGUAAUGAGAGGAAUCGGCGUCGGACAGAUGAUUGCCAUGUCCAUCGUGAUCUCAUACUACGCGGCCACCAUCGCGGUGGCCAUCCGCUACUUUGCGGCAUCCUUUUCCGGUGCCCUUCCCUGGGCCACCUGUGACCCCUCGUGGACCGACGUGAAUUGUAUCAAUUCGAGUGACAUUAUGGCCAAAUCCAGCAUCACCAACUCGACGCUCCCGGUGAAGACCUCGGCCGAGCUGUACUACACCCGGGCGGUGACGGGCGAGGACUAUCUGGUCGGCGACGAAAUUGGGCUUCCGGAGUGGAAGUUGAGCUUGUGCUUGCUCUUCAUCUGGGUCUGUAUGACUUUUAUGCUGAUCAAGGGGAUCAAGGGGUCCGGAAAGGUGUCGUAUUUCUUGGCGCUAUUCCCGUACGCUGUGAUGCUGUUUUUCGCGAUCUACGCUUUUACGCUGGAAGGGGCCCUGGAUGGGCUGCUAUACUUCAUCAAACCGGACUGGAAUCAGCUGUUGAACCCAACGGUGUGGAAGGAAGCCGUUUCGCAGUGCUUCUUCUCGCUGUCGAUUUGCUUCGGCGGUGUGAUAGCCUACUCGUCGUUCAACAACUUUUCCAACAAUAUCUACCGGGAUGCGAUGAUCAUCUCCUGGUUGGAUACUUUUACCUCGCUGCUGUCCGGUGCCAUUGUGUUUGCCAUCAUUGGCCAUUUAGGUUUUAUCACCAACGAGACUGAUUAUACUAAGGUGGUUUACCCGGGCAGUGGGUUGACGUUUAUCACCUACCCGGAUGCGAUCGCCAAGUUUGAACAUGUGCCAAAUUUGUUUGCGCUGCUGUUCUUCUUCAUGUUGUUUGUGCUGGGAAUCGGAAGCAACACCGGAAUCAUUACCAGCGUGGUGACGGCCAUUCGGGACGAGUUCCCUCAGCUGCAAAACUGGAAGGUGGUGCUGACGAUCAGUGUGUUCGGAUUCUCGACUGGGUUCCUGUUCAUUACGCCGGCAAGUUCCCGUCUGAUUGAUUACGUGGACUACUACGGAGUGACAUACGUGACGCUCACCUUGGCCGUGGCCGAGUUGUUCUGCUUCUGCUGGAUGUACGGCGUCGAUCGGAUAUGUCGGGACAUUGAGUUCAUGCUGUCCAUUCGGACCAGCAUUCUGUGGCGCACCUGCUGGAAGUAUAUCACACCGACGGUGAUUCUGGUGAUCUUGAUUUUCACGUUUAUCAGCGGUGGGAAACCGAAAGGAUUUGCCGAUGGCUAUCAUGUCCUUGGAUGGUUCAUCUACGCCCUGGCCGUACUACCCCUACCGGUGUGGGGCCUCUACGUGAUCGCCAAGCAACCGAAGGGCACCAUUUGGCAGAAGAUCGUUUCGGCUAGCCAACCCCUCCCUGAAUGGGGACCGGAGAAUCUCGCACUGAAGAAGAAAUAUGACGACUACAUUGACGACAUUCAGCAUGCGGGAUCCCGGAACUUCAUCCAGCGGAUUUUCACCGGCCGCGAAAGAAGCUACUCGGUGAAUGUCUAACGGGGGCUUGAACCGAGCGUGCAGUGAGAAUAGCGUAACAACCAGUUUUAAAGUUAUUUUAUACGUUAUUUUAUUGAAUUCGAGUGGAAUGUCCGACGGUUUUAGUGUGUUGCAGUGUAUUGUGUGAAUGUACAGUAUAAGCGCGUAUUUAGGAAAAGAAAAAUGACAGGGAACGUUGUCCGACAGGGGCAGUCCGAGAAUCGCGCCUGAAACCGAGUCGACUCAGUAUUAGUAGUUUUUAAUGAUUGACCUGCGAGAGCUUUAACUAAAAUGCUAAUCAUCGAUUCGACCGCACUCGGAAGGUUCAUCGCCUAUUGUGCGGUGAAGUCUUUCUGCCUUACAAUCGCGUGUGCGAGCCUCCAUACAUUAUGAAUUCGUUAGGGUCAUCAUGCAAAAAUGCGCGGAGAAUGACUAGUGCGAUUACACCCCCUCUGUAUCAAGAGGGGAUUCCAUCAUCGCCGGGAGGCCACCCUUCCGACACAGUGGCAGUCAUCACACAAUCAGAUUAUUACAGCUCUAGUACUUAGACACCGGCCGUUUAGGUUUGAGUUGCACUAAUCAUCUCCUUCAUUGCGAUAGUUUACAAGAUAACGAACGAGAGCUUCUGACACGGUGAGGUUUACUGAAGCGAAACGGAACAGCAGCGGCUGCGGCGGCAAGCUUGAUACAGCUGUGUUCUAAGGAAUGCAGUAAGAUAUUUUUUCCUCGGCUCUGUAUUAAGAAAUUGUAGAUCAACUAAGAUUUGUAGAUUAGGAUAAGUGACGUAGGAUAUUUCAAUCUUUUCCCUUUUUAUUCAAUAAAUAUGACGUCUUUCUGAAA